GUUACCAUGGGUCAGGUGGACCAUGGACUAUCUCUGAUGCUUCAUACACAAAACUGGCAGAUGUUUUUCUAGAUGCUGCAAAGGAACUUGGUUAUAAACUUGGAGAUGUUAAUGGAGAGAAUCAAGAGGUUUUUAUGAAAUCACAAGCAAACACAAAAGAUGGAAAACGUUGGAGCACAGCUGAGGCAUAUCUGAGACCAGCCAUGCACAGAUCAAACCUAGACAUAGCCAUCAAUACUCACGUAACCAAGAUAAACUUUGAUGGUAAGAAGGCGACAGGAGUCACCUUCAUUCACGGUGCUGAGAAGAAGACUGUUCGUGUGUCAAAGGAAGUGAUUCUCUCUGCUGGUACCAUUGGUUCUCCGCACAUCCUCAUGUUGUCUGGUGUUGGGCCGAAGGAUCACCUUACCAAGUUCAAUAUAUCAACUGUUGCUGACUUACCAGUUGGUCAGCACCUUCAGGACCAUCCUGGCCUCUUCUACCCCGAGUUCUGGAUAGAGAAACCAAUGACAAUCACUGCCGAUCAAAUUAAGAGUUGGAAGGCCAGCACACAGUAUGCUCUAUUUAGAAAAGGCCCUCUCGCAUAUCCUCUAUGUGAUGGAGUAGGUAUUGUCAAGACCAAAGCAGCUGAUCCUAAACUUGAAUUGCCUGAUAUUGAAAUACAAUACUGCCCAUGGGGAAUGGGCAUGGAAAAUGAUGAAGCAAUAUACAAUGCUAUUGGCUUCAACAAGAACUUUUUAAAGACUUACAACUUUUCCGAGCACAAGACUCGUCCAGUCACGACGUGGAUUGCAUUCCUUCUUCACCCGAAGAGUGUUGGAGAGAUACGGCUGCAAUCAUCAGACGCACUCGAUCCACCUGAGAUUGAUCCAAACUACUUUGAUGAUAAAUCUGAUGUCAAAUCCUUAGUAGAGGGCAUAAAGAUCGGACUACAGUUUGCUGAGACUAAAGCAUUCAAAGCCGUCGGCGCUAGACUGCGAGAUCAGAUCGUUCCAGGCUGUGAGAAGCAUGAAUACAAGUCUGACAACUACUGGGACUGUGCCAUAAGAACAGUAACAGUCACCAUGUACCACCCGACAGGAACAUGUAAGAUGGGAGCAGCUAAUGACCAAACUGCAGUUGUUGAUCCACAACUCAAGGUUCGUGGAGUCCGUGGUCUGAGAGUGGCUGAUGCUUCUAUAAUGCCGGAGAUUGUAUCAGCUAACACCCAUGCCACUACAGUCAUGGUUGCAGAGAAGGCAGCUGACAUGAUACUAUCAGGAGCAUGAUCAACUACAAAUUAUAUAGUAUAUACAUAC